AUGUUGCUGUGGACGGCUGAUUGGAGAUCACCCAGGAGUAGACUGUAGCUGGCCUGUUUAUCAGGCUGCAGCACAGAGGGAUGCUGGAGAAUGGUCUGUGCAAAAACACACAAAGACGAGUCCAACAGAUGCAUUUGGUACAAUCAAUUUUCAAGAUGGAGAUCACACGUACCACGCCAAGUAUAUUAGACUCUCUUAUGAUAGCAAUUUGGAUCAACUGUUGCACCUGAUGCUUAAAGAAUGGCAGAUGGAGUUGCCAAAGCUAGUGAUCUCUGUUCAUGGAGGCAUUCAAAAUUUCAAGCUUCCCUCAAAACUCAAGCAAGUUUUCAGCAAAGGAUUGGUGAAGGCUGCUGAGACCACAGGAGCAUGGAUAAUUACAGAAGGCAUCAACAGCGGAGUGUCCAGGCAUGUGGGGGAUGCACUGAAAGGUUGUGCCUCACCCCACCUGAGAAAGAUCUGUGCUGUUGGAAUUCCUCCAUGGGGUAUCAUUGAGAACCAGAGGGAUCUCAUUGGAAAAGAUGUAGUUUGCCUGUACCAGACUCUUGGUAAUCCACUCAGCAAGUUAAGUACCCUCAACAGCAUGCAUUCUCAUUUUCUAAUGGCAGAUGAUGGGACAGUAGGCAAGUAUGGGAAUGAAAUGAUGCUCAGGAGGAAUUUGGAGAAGUACAUAUCACUUCAAAAAAUACACACAAGAAUGGGCCAAGGUGUACCCAUAGUUGGGUUGUUGGUGGAAGGAGGCCCCAAUGUGAUCCUAAUGGUGUGGGAAUACGUGAGGGCCAGCCCAGCUGUCCCUGUGGUGGUCUAUGAGGGCACUGGCAGAGCUGCAGAUAUCCUGGCUUUUACCCACAAACACAUGGGUGAUACAGGGGAACUGCGCCCUCAAGUGAAAGAAGAGGUCUUAGUGAUGAUUCAAAACACAUUUAGCUUGGGACAGAAACAGUCCAGUCAUCUGUUUCACAUUUUGAUGGAAUGCAUGGAACACAGAGAGUUCAUAACCAUAUUUGAUGCAGAGUCAGAAGAUCAGCAGGACAUUGAUUUGGCAAUUCUGACUGCACUCUUGAAAGGUACAAAUAUGUCUGCUUCAGAUCAGCUAGAUUUGGCGUUGGCCUGGAACCGUCUCGAUAUCGCCAAGAAACACAUACUGGUUUAUGGACAGCACUGGAAG